GAAUGGUUUAUAUUUCCUGAAAUGGACCUGAUUUAACCUGGAAAUGGAAAUGGCUCAUUCUGUGAUAGUAGAGCAGUAAAGAAAGCACAACUUUUCUCUGUAAAUUAUCCUGGUACCAGUUUGUGUUCAGUACAGUUGUUGCUAGCAAGAUUUACAAGAAUAAUCUCAGGAAUGAUCGGCUUUAUGUAUGAGGAGCAUUUGAUGGUUCUGGACCUGUGCUCAAUGGAGUUCAGAGGGACGGUGGGGGUGGCGGAGGGUUGUAUGGUUAAGUAAACCUACCGAAUACUGAAAAGCCUGGAUACAGUGGACAUGGAGAGGAUGUUUCCAUUAGACGGAGAGUCUGUGAUCUGACAGCACAGUCUCAGAAUAAAGAUGCUUUCCUUUAAAACUGAGAUGAGAAAUACAUUUGGCUAAAAGAUGUCUGAUCUGUGGAAUUUGCUGUCAUAGAGGUUGGUUGAGGCUGCCAUUUGGGUAUAUUUAUGACAGAGAUUAAUAAACUCAUGAUUGCUAAGUAGCUUUGGGAUUACAGGAGGAAGGCAGGAAUAUGGUGUUGGAAUUAAAAUCAGCCAAGCAGACCAGAUGGAUUGAAUCACCUAAUUCUGUUCCUAUGUCUUAUGUCUUACCAUGACUGAAUGAUGGCUCCUUCUCAUCCCAUAUCAUUUUGUGAUGUGUGAGGGACAAUAAAAGAUUGUUCACUGAGAUCAUUAUAUUUGCCUUCAACACUUAAGUUUCACUGAGUUUUGUUCUUGGUAACAUUUAGCAGAAAUGCUUGGUUCUCCUUUUUAUUGUUAAUGUGCUUCAUUAUCUUUCAUGUUAAAGUUAGACCUGGGGUGAGAGAUUUAUUGGAAUGAAAUCCCCAACUGGAAGGAAACCACGACUGCAGACGAGGGAACAGCAACAAGUGAACCAGCCCGAGGACUGAGAGCAUCAACUGGAGAGAACCCAUCUGACUCGGAGAUUCCAGUGAUUCAGUCAGGAGAAAGUUUGGUUAAAAAGAUUUGUCUACGGGAAUCGCAAACAGAUCACAUCAGCUUUGCUGUCUCUGACCAGAUAUUUACGAAGUGGAGCGAGGGAUUCAUUUCAUCUUCCUUCCUGUUCAGACUGUGGGGAGGGAUUCACUCGAUCAUCUGAUUGACUGGCACGCCCGUCAUUUUACAUGGGGGAACCCUUCACCUGGUCAUCUCAACUAAAGGUACAUCAGCAAGUUCAUACAGGAAAAGGCCAUUCACCUGUUCUGUGUGUGAGAAGGGGUGCAGUCGGUCUUCCCACCUGUGGACACACCAGUCAGUUCACACCGGGCAGAGGCUGGUCAUCUGCUGAAUUUGUGGGGAAAAAUCCACUCAGCCAUCUGACAUAAUGGCUCAUCUGCGAGUUCACACGGGGGAGAGGCCGUUCACCUGCUCAGACUGUGGGAAGGGAUUCACUCGGUCAUCCCAACUGAAGGUACAUCAGAGAGUUCACACUGGGGAGAGGCCGUUCACCUGCUCAGACUGUGGGACGGGAUUCACUCAGUCAUCCCAUCUGAAGGUACACCAGCGAGUUCACAGUGGGGAGAGGCCAUUCACCUGCUCAGACUGUGGGAAGGGAUUCACUUGCUCGUCCCAACUGAAGGUACAUCAGCGAGUUCACACUGGUGAGCGGCCGUUCACCUGCUCAGACUGUGGGAAGAGAUUCACUAGCUCAUCUAAACUGAAAAUACAUCAGCGAGUUCACACUGGAGAGAGGCCGUUCACCUGCUCAGACUGUGGGAGGGGAUUCACUUGCUCAUCUGACCUAAUGGCACACCAGCGAGUUCACACUGGGGAGAGGCCGUUCACCUGCUCGGACUGUGGGAAGGGAUUCACUUGCUCAUCCCAACUGGUGGUACAUCAGCGAGUUCACACUGGGGAGAAGCCUUUCACCUGCUCAGACUGUGGGAAGGGAUUCACUCGGUCGUCUCAACUGAGGGUACAUCAGCGAGUUCAUACCGGCGAGAGGCCUUUCACCUGCUCAGACUGUGGGAAGGGAUUCCCUGGCUCAUUGCAACUGAUGGUGCAUCAGCGAGUUCACACUGGGGAGAGGCCUUUCAUCUGCUCAGACUGUGGGAGGGGAUUCACUUCCUCAUCUAACCUGAAGGUACAUCAGCGAGUUCACACUGGAGAGAGGCCAUUCACCUGCUCAGACUGUGGAAAGGGAUUCGCUCGGUCAUCUGACCUAAUGGUACACCAGCUAGUUCACACUGGGGACAGGCCAUUUUCCUGCUCAGUCUGUGGGAAGAGAUUCACUCGGUCAUCUCAACUGAAGGUACAUCAGAGAGUUCACACUGGAGAGAGGCCGUUCUCCUGCUCAUACUGUGGGAAGAGAUUCACUCAGUCAUCCUCCCUAAUGAAACACCAGCGAGUUCACACCGGGGAGCGGCCGUUCACCUGCUCAGACUGUGGGAAGGGAUUCAUUUGCUCAUCUAACCUGAAGACACAUCAGCAAGUUCACAAUGGAGAGAGGCCAUUCACCUGUUCAGACUGUGGGAAGGGAUUCAUUCGGUCAUCUCAACUGAUGGCUCACCAACGAGUUCACACAAGGGAGCAGCCGUUCACCUGCUCGGACUGUGGGAAGGGAUUCCCUUGCUCAUCCCAACUGAAGGUACAUCAGCGAGUUCACACUGGAGAGAGGCCGUUCAUCUGCUCGGACUGUGGGAAGGGAUUCCCUUGCUCAUCCCAACUGAGGGUGCAUCAGCGAGUUCACACUGGAGAGAGGCCUUUCACCUGCUCAGACUGUGGGAAGGGAUUCACUCAGUCAUCUGAACUGAAGGUACACCAGCGAGUUCACACUGGGGAGAGGCCAUUCACCUGCUCAGACUGUGGGAAGGGUUUCACUCAGUCAUCUGAACUGAAGGUACAUCAGCGAGUACACACUGGCGAGAGGCCGUUCAUCUGCUCAGACUGUGGGAAGGGAUUCACUUCCUCAUCCCAACUGAGGGUACAUCAGCGAGUUCACACCGGCGAGAGGCCGUUCACCUGCUCAGACUGUGGGAAGAGAUUCCCUUGCUCAUACCAACUGAGGGUACAUCAGCGAGUUCACACUGGCGAGAGGCCAUUCACCUGCUCAGACUGUGGGAAGGGAUUCACUCGGUCAUCUAUACUGAAGGUACAUCAGCGAGUUCACACUGGGGAGAGGCCGUUCAGCUGCUCAGACUGUGGAAAGGGAUUCACUAGCUCAUCUCAACUGAAUGUACAUCAGAGAGUUCACACUGGGGAGAGGCCAUUCACCUGCUCAGACUGUGGAAAGGGAUUCACUAGCUCAUCUCAACUGAAGGUACAUCAGCGAGUUCACACCAGGGAGCAGCCGUUCAUCUGCUCAGACUGCGGGAAGGGAUUCAUUUGGUCAUCUCAACUACAGAGACACCUGCGAGUUCACUCUGGAGAGAGGUCGAUCACCUGCUCAGACUUUGGGAAGAGAUUCGCUCAGCCAAAUCAACCAAAUGUGCAUCAUUGACUUCAAACUGGAGAGGCCGUUCGCCUGCUGUGUUUGUGGGGAGCGAUUCACUUCGUCAUCUAGGCUUAUGUAACUCUCGCUUCGUCUGGCAGCUUAAUGUAGGGGUGAUAGCCCCCAGCCCGGCCAAACGUGAGAAAUCCUGUUUGGGUGGAUGCUGGCUGAUGUGUCCCCUGUUACAAAUCAGUUCCCCGAAAUUACAAACAGUACACAAUAUGCGAUUAAACGACUGAGCUUUCUAAUUCUUACUUUGACUAUAGGAUUAGUAAAUUAAACAAAGUAAAGUGGCCCACUCUCUCCAUUCGUACCUUCUCAUCUCUCCCUAGCAAAAUACCACAAAUUCUCUCUUCUAGACUCACAAGAAAGAACGUUUCUCUCAUUGGAUAGCCCCGCACUCCAAAACCCUGUUAUCUCUAGUCUUAGCCUAAACAUUGCUGCUACAGAGAAACCAUUACCUCAGCAGUGAAACCUUGCAGAGAGGCCAUUACGUGAGCAGUGAAACCAUGCAGCAUAUAACCAUAUAACAACCACAGCAUGGAAGCAGGCCAUCUCGGCCCUCCUAGUCCAUGCUGAACUCUUAAUCUCACCUAGUCCCACCUACCCGCACUCAGCCCAUAACCCUCCACUCCUUUCCUGUCCGUAUACCUAUCCAAUUUUAACUUAAGUGACACAACUGAACUGGCCUCUACUACUUCUACAGGAAGCUCAUUCCAUAGAGCUAUCACUCUCGGAGUAAAGAAAUACCCCCUCGUGUUUCCCUUAAACUUUUGCCGCCUAACUCUCAAUUCAUGUCCUCUCGUUUGAAUCUCCCCUACUCUCAAUGGAAACAGCCUAUUCACAUCAACUCUAUCUAUCCCUCUCAAAAUUUUAAAUACCUCGAACAAAUCCCCCCUCAACCUUCUAUGCUCCAAUGAAUAGAGACCUAACUUGUUCAACCUUUCUCUGUAACUUGACUGCUGAAACCCAGGUAACAUCCUAGUAAAUCGUCUUUGCACUCUCCCUAAUUUAUUGAUAUAUUUCCUAUAAUUCGGUGACCAGAACUGUACACAAUAUUCCCAAUUUGGUCUUACCAAUGCCUUGUACAAUUUUAACAUUACAUCCCAACUUCUGUACUCAAUGCUCUGAUUAUAAAGGUCAGCGUUCCAAAAGCCUUCUUCAACACCCUAUCUACAUGAGACUCCACCUUCAGGGAACUUUGUACUGUUAUUCCUAGAUCUCUCUGUUCCACUGCAUUCCUCAAUGCCCUACCAUUUACCCUGUAUGUUCUAUUUGUAUUAUUCCUGCCAAAAUGUAGAACCUCACACUUCUCAGCAUUAAACUCCAUCUGCCAACGUUCAGCCCAUUCUUCUAACUGGCAUAAAUCUCCCUGUAAGCUUUGAAAACCCACCUCAUUAUCCACAACACCUCCUACGUUGGUAUCAUCGGCAUACUUACUAAUCCAAUUUACCACCCCAUCAUCCAGAUCAUUUAUGUAUAUUACAAACAACAUUGGACCCAAAACAGAUCCCUGAGGCACCGCUAGUCACCGGCCUCCAUCCCGAUAAACAAUUAUCCACCACUACUCUGGCAUCUCCCAUCUAGCCACUGUUGAAUCCAUUUUAUUACUCUAGCAUUAAUACCUAACGACUGAACCUUCUUAACUAACCUUCCAUGUGGAACUUUGUCAAAGGCCUUGCUGAAGUCCAUAUAGACUACAUCCACUGCCUUACACUCGUCAACAUUCCUCGUAACUUCUUUAAAAAAUUCAAUAAGGUUUGUCAAACAUGACCUUCCACGCACAAAUCCAUGCUGGCUACUCCUAAUCAGAUCCUGUCUGUCCAGAUAGUUAUAAAUAGUAUCUCUAAUAUCGUAUGUUACACAUGUGACACACUACCGGGUUCACACUGGGGAGAAAGUUUCAAUGAACUGCACCCCGGAUAUUUGUCCAUCACUGUUGCUGAAUGCAAUUUCGAGAGUGACUGUCGGUGCUGAACUCUGCUGCUGCUGCUGCUGCUGCUGCUCAUCACACCCAGUUCUGCACCCUGGUCACUGGGCAUGGGAGGAGUUUCUUCUGCUGCACAUUCACCUUUAAUGUGCCUGGAGUUUAAUAUUCUGGAUCCGCAACAAAUAAAUCAGUUUAUUUUAAACUCUGUCUCUGGUACUUAAGU